GAUGGAAGAAGGUUCACAGUGAGCACAUGUGACAGACAUGACAGAGUCUGGAGAUGCCGUGGAGAACGUUCUGCUGCCUGCAACAUCCUCCAGCAUGACUGGUUUGGCGGCGAAAUACAUAGCACAGAUCCUGGUGAUGGGGGCGCAGGUGGUGGGCCGGGCAUUUACAAGGGCUCUGCGCCAGGAGUUUGCAGCCAGUAGAGCAGCCGCAGAGGCCAGGGGGGGACGUGCCGGAAAAGAGUCGGCUGCAGUCAGCAGCUUGUCUGGGAUUAGCCUGCAGGAGGCGCAACAGAUCCUAAACAUAUCUAAACUGGACCCUGCUGAGAUUCAGGAGAAAUACGACCAUCUGUUCAAAAUGAAUGACAAGGCAGCGGGUGGAUCCUUCUACCUACAGUCUAAAGUAGAGCGCCUGGAUGGGAUUGUACGGAUAGGCAGCGCCCCCCACAGGUUCAGUACUUCUAAUGGCCGCUUCCAGUGUAUGUCUGAUACCUCAAGUACAUCGCUCUGUUAUUUCUACUGGUCCCAAGCUAUCGCUUAUUCACUGCUAAGUCAGGAUUUCCCUGACUGGGUGCCUCCAGCUGUUGCAAAACUACAACUCCCAGCAUGCCCGGACAGCCUUCGGCUGUCCGGGCAUGCUGGUAGUUGUAGUUUUGCAUCAGCUGGAGGCACCCAGCUUGGGACUUACUUGGCAAGGUGAAAAGUGUCUGAUCACUGACGGGACCCCCUCAUAAAGGGGAGACUUAUGUCAUGUGAUCACUAAUGGUCUUUCCUGGGACAACCCUUUUUAAACCUUGGACACCAGUCCGUUGUGGGCGCCCGGGCCAUGUGGGUUUCAAUGAUUCUAAUGAUCACUUAUGACACUUGUUCCUUCCAAUAAAUGAAUCCUUUAUCCACAGUAUUGUUUUCUCAAGUGUUCGAUCUGCCAUUACCAGAAGUUAGACAGAAAAUAGCGCCACUCCUUUUCAUAGGCUGUGUGUGGUAUUGCAGAUCAGACUCAUUCACGUGUGUGCAGCUGAUCUGCAAUAUCGGACACAGCCUACUGACAAGAGUGGUGCUAUCCAACAUGAAUUAUUCUAGUAUCCAACAUCUGACUUACAGGAUGACAUAAUCACCUAUUAAAUAGCUUCUGCUAGCAGCUCACAGACUCCUCCCCCACCUCUCUCUAUCUGUAUACUGCUGCUAUCUCAAUAAGAUCAGGAUAAAUAGUAGUUAUACACCUCUCCUCCAGAUCUAUCUGUAUACUG